AUGGUGUUGGCCAGUGGGAGAUGGCUUUCUGUGCGCAUUGAACUUCUUUCUUCCUUAUUGACUGGUGUUGUGGCUUUAGCAGCUAUUUUAGUUUCCCAAGAUGCAGGUAGGUGUGGUCAUAUCACUAAAUGAUGGAUCAUUGUAAAACCAUCAACUUAUACAAAACCCCGAUUGAGCUAAACACAGUUAAGCUUUUAAUCGAAGAAUUAUCACCACGAACUUUCGUUCAACAGAUGAUGUUCUGAGGGAAGUUUCGAUUUCAAGGAUAAACUUGAUUAAUUCACCUGAUCUUUGAUUUUAGAGUUGAUUUUUUAUUUGUUGAGUCGUUUAUGUCAGAUAUUUUGAUAUGCUCUUCUUCAAAACUGUUAGAAAUGUAUGCGCCAAGAAGACACAUAGACUUUUUAAAGGAUGUCUGAUUUUGAUCUCCUUUUUCUAACUUCAGCAUUCCAUGUUCUAGGGCACUUACAUCGGGUUAUAUUUACAAACUGUUGAGGGUUAAGAAAUGAAGUACCAGCUUUUGAUGCAGCUUUUUUUUCCGCCGCAGCUUUCGCUGGACUUGCUCUUGUAUACGUUAUCGAGACUGUGGAACAAGCUCAGUUUGUUGUCAGAAAAACAUCGGAUGUCGAGAAUUCAAUGACGUCAGUUGAACGUGUUUUGACAUAUACGAAACUUGAUUGCGAACCUGGGUACAAAGUGCUGCGUCCUCCCCCAGAAAACUGGCCCCUAGAAGGAGGUGUGACAUUUGAAAAUGUGUCUUUGACAUACUAUCCAGGGGGACCGCAAGUACUAAGAAACAUAAAUCUUGAAUUAAAAGGAGGGUCCAAGUUUGGCGUUGCAGGAAGAACGGGAGCCGGAAAAUCAUCCCUGGUGGCAGCUUUUCUGCGCAUGCCAGACGCGGAUGGGAAUGUCAUUAUUGACGGUGUUCCAAUAAAGGAGAUCAACCUCCAAGAAGCUCGACGAUGUAUAUCUGUACUUGGCCAAAGUCCAGUUCUUUUCAGUGGAUCGCUGAGAAGAAAUCUUGAUCUGGUGGAUCAGUUUCAAGAUUUAGAGCUGUGGAAAGCCUUGGAAGAUGUCCAACUAAAAGGGUUGGUGGAAAAUCUGGAAGGACAGCUGCAUCAUGAGUUAUUAGAACACGGUGCAAAUUUUAGCGCCGGAGAACGGCAGUUAAUUUGUUUGGCCCGUGUUCUUUUGCAGCAAAAAAAGGUUAUCAUCUUAGAUGAACCCACUGCACACGUGGAUCCAGAAACAGAACAAGUAAUCUGGAGAGUCGUGCGAGAGAAACUGAAGAACUCUACAGUAAUAACUAUUGCUCAUCGACUGAACACCAUUAAAGACUGUGACAUGAUUUUGGUAAUGAAAAAUGGCGAGAUCGAUAGAUUCGACAGCUUUGACUCUUUAGUGAGCAGUGAGCACCUCUAA